CUGCCUCGGUAAAUCCACACUCUUAUCUCUAACGUUCGAAUAAAAAAAUAAAAAUAAAAAAAAAUAAAACUCAGGAGAUAUGAUCAUUGAUUUUCCCAUACACAAGAGUUGUCUCCUUUCGAUCAUUUGAGUUCAACAGAUCUCUCUUUCUCACCCUCUUUUCUUCCUACUUGAGAAAAAACAAAAAAACGUUAGAAACGCCAUAGAUGGGUGACGAAAACUCGUUAGAGGAAUUGUCGUACCAGUCAGGGUACGGAAACAGCUUCUCGUCGGAGGCCCUCGCCGGAGCUCUCCCUCACGGCCAGAACAGCCCCCUCCUCUGCCCUUACUCCCUCUACGCCGAGCAAAUCUCCGGCACCUCCUUCACUUCCCCUCGCAAGCUCAAUCUCCGCAGUUGGCUUUACCGGAUCAAACCCUCGGUGACCCACGAACCGUUCAAGCCCCGGGUCCCCAGCCAUGGCAAGCUUUUGAGCGAAUUCGACCGAUCGAACAGCUCCGCCACGCCGACCCAGUUGCGGUGGAAGCCCGUCGAGAUUCCCGACUCGCCCACCGAUUUCGUUGACGGCUUGUUCACAGUUUGUGGGGCUGGCAGCUCGUUUCUCCGCCAUGGUUUUGCUGUUCACAUGUAUACUGCCAACAAAUCGAUGGAUAAUUGUGCAUUUUGCAACGCUGAUGGUGACUUUUUGAUAGUUCCCCAGAAAGGAAGGCUGUGGAUCACUACUGAAUGUGGAAAACUGCAAGUUUCUCCUGGUGAAGUUGCCAUUUUACCUCAAGGAUUUCGUUUCGCUGUUGAUCUGCCUGAUGGUCCAUCUCGUGGUUAUGUAGCUGAGAUCUUUGGUGCCCAUUUUCAACUUCCUGAUCUUGGCCCAAUAGGAGCUAAUGGUCUUGCUGCUCCAAGAGAUUUCCUUGCUCCUACAGCAUGGUUUGAAGACGGUCGCCGUCCGGGCUACACUAUUGUACAAAAGUUUGGUGGUGAACUUUUCACUGCAAAACAAGACUUUUCUCCCUUCAAUGUAGUUGCUUGGCAUGGUAAUCAUGUUCCUUAUAAGUAUGAUCUCAGUAAAUUCUGCCCUUACAAUACAGUUUUAGUUGAUCAUAGUGACCCAUCUAUUAACACAGUAUUGACAGCACCUACUGACAAGCCUGGUGUUGCGUUGCUUGAUUUUGUCGUUUUCCCACCACGAUGGCUGGUUGCUGAGCAUACAUUUCGACCUCCGUAUUAUCAUCGCAAUUGCAUGAGUGAAUUUAUGGGCCUCAUUUACGGUGGAUACGAGGCAAAAGCUGAUGGGUUUCUUCCUGGCGGUUCAAGCCUUCAUAGCUGUAUGACGCCUCAUGGUCCGGAUACAAAGACUUACGAGGCUACCAUUGCGCGCGGAAACGAGCCUGGACCGUUCAGAAUCAAGGAUACCAUGGCGUUUAUGUUCGAAUCGUGUUUAAUGCCGCGAGUCUGCGCGUGGGCUCUUGAAUCUCCCUUCAUGGAUCAUGAUUAUUACCAGUGCUGGAUUGGGUUGAGAUCACAUUUUACUUGGGAAUCCAGAAAUGCAACGAGCAAAGAUGACAAUGAGGUUGACGGUAAGACUGCAAAAUGAGACUCGUGGUUUAUGUAGGACUUUAAUACCAUGGGGGUUUCAUGUGUAUCUAUCCUCCUCUUAUGUAUAUAAGUACAAUAACAUGUGUUGUACAAACAGUGAAUAAAUUUCAGGGGGGAAGAAAAUGCAUAUAGGGAAUUAAACAAAAUUCCUUAAAUGACCCCGUGCAAAUUUGUAAGGAGAGGCGAAAAUGUACUCGGUUUUUUUUUUUUUUUUUGGUAGGGGGAGAUUGCGUUUAUUU